AUGGGACACGAUUAAAUACGUAUUAUCGUAUAGUACUUAUCAGAAUUAUUUUUUUGAGUGACAAUAGAUGUGGCGCGUUCAACUAAGCGCGAUAAUUCCCGGGAAUAUAAUUGAAAUCAAUUAGUUCGAAAUGCUAAUAAAACGCAUGGCGGUAGUGCGCUAUUCCUUGCCGAAAAGUCGAUAAAUAUUCCCUUUCCCUUUCUCUCUCCUUCUUUUCUCUUUGCGCCGCGGCGCGAGAUAUUCUUUGUUCAAUAAAUCAACGUCGAUUUCAUCCCUACGUGAGCAUCAAUUACAAGACUCUUCUCGAGACAUUAAUUUAUUAUCGCGGAGAAACGUAAUCUCACGAGCGAUUGAUACACUCGUCGUUGAGGCGAGUAACACAAAAACAAUCGCCGGUUCAUCGCUAAUAAACAAAAAGGAAAAAAGAAAAGGAUAAAGAGUGUAUGUUCAAGCAGCUUUUGGCAGCAAUACGAAGAUGACGGACGAGCAACUGUUCUCCGCCCUUGGCCUAACGAUGGACACUAGCAUCGAAAGACAGCUAUUUUCCCCGACCAAGACGAAUCUAUCUAGUGAUUAUGAAAUCUCAAGUACGCUCAGCGACGACUUCGGAAUAUUCGACAAUCAAUUAAACAUGAUAAAUCCGACAGAUUGCUAUACUGACUUAACUUAUUCUCCGCAAUUAUCUUGGAACGACUGGUCGACCACCAAUACCUCUACAUCGUCAGGUUAUUUUAGCGAAUUGGGUGAAUUGAAUUCAGAGCUGGACUGGUGUCUAGAGAAGAGCUGGGACUCCGGUCUUCCGGAAAGAACACCAUUGUGCACUGCAGGAUGCGAAGGAUUUUUGCAUCUACCACCUCUAUCAAAUCCGCAACAGAUGCCGCAAUAUGAAGAACCAUUACUAGUACUCGGCAUCGAUUUACGAGCGUUGGAAAAUACAUUAGGAACAAAUACGAUAGAUUAUAACAACAACCAGUUAAACGACAAUCUCCUAAUCUCAUCAGCAGCUACUGCCGCUUUAGCAACCCACGAUUACACUAAUCGUAGUUUAGCAAAUGCGUCCGAAGAUCGAUGCUUUCCAUGUACCUACCAAGGAUGUUUAAAAGUAUAUGCCAAAGCAUCUCAUUUGAAAGCUCAUUUACGCCGACAUACUGGCGAGAAACCGUUCGCGUGCACUUGGGCCGGUUGCGUAUGGCGUUUCAGUCGAUCGGAUGAGCUGGCGAGGCACCGGCGAUCGCAUUCGGGCAUUAAACCGUAUUCGUGCGAGAUAUGCUCGAAAAAAUUUGCACGUAGCGAUCAUCUGGCCAAGCAUCGUAAAGUGCACCGGAAAAAUGCCUACCCAUUGUUUCACGGGGCUAGAGGACUACGUGGCGGCAAGAUAAAUGUUUUACCGUCAGAAAUCUAAGACCCCUUUCGUCAUUUAAAAUUUCUUUUUAACUAAGAAAGCAAGCCAAAGUUUAUCACUAAGGACAUGAAACUAUACGUCUACAUAGCUUCUACAUA